AUGAUGCUGUACGAAGAAGGGCACUUCUCGCUUGACGACCCCGUCGGCAAGUUCAUCCCCGAACUCGCCAGCCAGAAGGUGUACGACGGCAUGAGCGAGACAGGCAUACGCCUGGUCGAGCAGCAGCAGCCCAUUAGCAUCCGGCACCUGCUCACUCACACAUCCGGACUGAGCUACGGCUUUCACCAGGAUUCUCCAGUCGAGGAGAUGUACAGGAAAGCGAAUAUCACCGAUCCGGACAGCACAUUGCAGGAGAUGGCUGAGAAGCUCGGCAAGCUGCCCCUCGUGACCCAGCCCGGCACAAAAUGGCGGUACAGCAACGCGACCGAUGUGCUCGGAUAUCUUGUCGAAGUCGUCUCAGGUCAGCCAUUCGACCAGUUCUUGCAGGAAAAGAUUCUCUCGCCGCUUGGCAUGACCGACACAUCUUUCUAUGUAUCGGAAGAAAAUCUGGACAGACUUGCCACGGUGUACGGCGCUUCCAUGAACGGCGGCGGCAUUGCGCCCCUCAACAACCCCAUGGUCAACAGGCAGACCAGGCCGCACACGCUCUUCUCCGGCGGCGGCGGUCUCGUAUCUACGGCAUCGGACUAUAUGAGCUUCUGCCAGAUGCUGCUCAACGGCGGAAUACUCGGCGAAGAGCGCCUGCUCGCACCAAAGACGGUCGAGAUGAUGCGGUCGAACCAUCUGGCGGACGACCUGAAGCCAUUCGCCGUCGGACAGAGCAUGUCGUCCGACACGAAGGGGUGCGGGUUCGGCCUCGGCUUUCCGCGUGGUGAUGGACAUCGCGCAGCACGGCAUCAUCGGCUCCAACGGCAUCUACUCGUGGGAGGCGCAGCAAGCACCGUCUUCUGGAUAGACCCGCAAGAAGACCUGGUAGCCAUCCUGCUCACACAGUUCAUGCCGAGUUCGUACUAUCCCCCUGCGCCGCGAGUUCCAGAUAGCCACCUAUCAGGCGCUGAUGGAAUAGCAACGUGA